AUGGAGGAGAAGGGCAUGGAGGAGAAGGGCAUGGAGGAGAAGGGCAUGGAGGAGAAGGGCAUGGAGGAGAAGGCAUGGAGGAGAAGGGCAUGGAGGAGAAGGGCAUGGAGGAGAAGGGCAUGGAGGAGAAGGGCAUGGAGGAGAAGGGCAUGGAGGAGAAGGGCAUGGGAGGAGAAGGGCAUGGAGGAGAAGGGCAUGGAGGAGAAGGGCAUGGAGGAGAAGGGCAUGGAGGAGAAGGGCAUGGAGGAGAAGGGCAUGGAGGAGAAGGGCAUGGAGGAGAAGGGCAUGGAGGAGAAGGGCAUGGAGGAGAAGGGCAUGGAGGAGAAGGGCAUGGAGGAAGGGAGAAGGGCAUGGAGGAGAAGGGCAUGGAGGAGAAGGAUGGAGGAGAAGGGCAUGGAGAGGGCAUGGAGGAGAAGGCAUGGAGGAGAAGGGCAUGGAGGAGAAGGGCAUGGAGGAGAAGGGCAUGGCAGGAGACGGGAAUGGAGUGAGAAGUGCAUGGAGCGAGAAGGCAUGGGAGAAGGAGCAUGGAGGAAGAAGGGCAUGGAGGAGAAGGGCAUGGAGGAGAAGGGCAUGGAGGAGAAGGGCAUGGAGGAGAAGGGCAUGGAGGAGAAGGGCAUGGAGGAGAAGGGCAUGGAGGAGAAGGGCAUGGAGGAGAAAGGGCAUGGAGGAGAAAGGGCAUGGAGGAGAAGGGCAUGGAGGAGAAGGGCAUGGAGGAGAAGGGCAAUGGAGGCGAGGGCAUGGAGGAGAAGGGCAUGGAGCGAGAAGGGCAGGAGGAAGGAAUGGGGGCAUGGAGGAGAAGGGCAUGGAGGAGAAGGGCAUGGAGGAGAAGGGCAUGGAGGAGAAGGGCAUGGAGGAGAAGGGCAUGGAGGAGAAGGCAUGGAGGAGAAGGGCAUGGAGGAGAAGGGCAUGGAGGAGAAGGGCAUGGAGGAGAAGGGCAUGGAGGAGAAGGGCAUGGAGGAGAAGGGCAUGGAGGAGAAGGGCAUGGAGGAGAAGGGCAUGGAGGAGAAGGGCAUGGAGGAGAAGGGCAUGGAGGAGAAGGGCAUGGAGGAGAAGGGCAUGGAGGAGAAGGGCAUGGAGGAGAAGGGCAUGGAGGAGAAGGGCAUGGAGGAGAAGGGCAUGGAGCAGCUGGCGUUCUUGGAGGGCAUGCUGUCGUUUGAUGACAUCUGGGAGGCGGUGGUGCAGGCGGGCGAGGGCGUGUACAUCGUGGCGUGGAACGACCACUUCUUCCUGCUGCUCCUGCGCCGGCCCCACCCCCACCAGCACCAGUACCACCAGCACCAGCCCCACCAGCACCAGCACCAGCACCAGCACCAGCAGCACGGGCGUGGGGGGGUGCAGGCAGCAUUGGAUGGGGCGGCAGGGGAGCACACAGGUGAAUGCGUAGCCCAUGGCGGCACAGGGGGGGAGGCGAGUGAGGAGGAGGUGGAGUGUGUGGUGAUCGACACGCUGGGCGAGCGGCUGCAGGAGGGGUGCUCGCAGGCCUUCAUGCUGCUCUUCAAUGCCUCCUCCUGGGUGGACGUUGGCCUGCCGCCCGCUGCAGCGCCGGGAAGCACUGCUGCAGGCGGGGCAGGCGCAGGAGUAGGAGGAGGAGAGGGUGGUGCAGGUGACGGUGGUGGGGGACAGGCGAAGGCGCAGGGUACUGUUGACAGUUGUGAGCAAGGUGGCAGGGCAGACGAAGCAGAGAGGGCAGAGGGUAAGGCAGGCGGCAUUAGUGCUCAGGUGCCCAAGGCAGAGACAGGCAGGCGAUGGGGUGUGAAGGCAGGCAAGGGCGGUGGCAAGGGCAGAGAUGGCAAUGGGAAGGGCAAAGGCAGUGGUGGGGUGGAUAUUGGAGCAGGGGGGGUGGGUGCCCAUUCCCAUGGGGUGAACCACAUGGUGAGCUGUGAUGCAGAUGUUGCUAAGGGGGUAGACGUGAAAGAGGGAGCAGCACAAGGAAUGCAUGUGGCAGAGGUUGAGGAGGUGGUGCUUCAAGCAGGGCAAUUGAAUGAAGACAUCACUUUGCUCCCUGCUGACUCUUAUGGCGUGCCCACUGCCAUCACUGUCACUCCAAACCAUGUAGAUAGUCACUCGGCAGACAACUGCAGCCCACCAUGCGGAAACGAGUCAGCAUCCUCCGCAGCUGACUCAGUGCUUCCUACAGCAGUGCAUGCAGCCGAGGCAGCAUGUCUGCUGACAAACACUGACGGUCCAUCACGGUCACCCAUACACGAGACCAAAACCAGCACCACCAAUUUUGACGGGUGUGCAAGCAGUAAGCAGCCCACCCAAGCCGCGUCGUGCGCUGCUGCCUCGUCUCCUGCCUGCACAGCCACCGCCGCCUCCCCUCCCACCUUGACAGCACCUGCUUGUGGCGGGGAGGGCGAGGGGGAGGCAGCUCCGGUGGCGGCAGGGAGGAGGGUGUGGGGAGCGGAGGCGUGCCGAGAGUACCUCAAGGCGUUCCUGGCGGCGGUGCCGUUGGCGGAGGUAGAGAGUGACCUGCGCAAGGGGCUGUUGGGGUCGCCCGAAGCCAUCCACCGCCGCCUGCAGGUGGAGCUCCACUUCACCCGCCUCCUCUGA